AUGGGGGGUGAGGUGAAGAGUGCUGCUGAUAUGGAGGUGAUGUUUGACAUGUCAAAGAAGGAACAGGGCAAUCCCUCCAAUAACUUCAAGAAGCUGCACCGGAGGAUCAAGCAGGACUUCAAGGUGUCCACCAACAAAGAUAUCAUCAGCUUGGAAAGGCUGCGCGCUGCCAACCUGGUGAUCUUUGGCGGCCCCCGAGAGAUGUUCUCCAGCGAUGAGUUCACGGCCAUUAAGGACUACUUGAGUGAAGGUGGCAGCAUCCUCUUCCUCGUUGGCGAAGGUGGCGAAGGUAAGAGCAACACCAAUGUGAACUACCUCCUUGAGGAGUUUGGUAUCAGCAUCAACAACGAUGCAGUGGCACGGAACCUGAGACAACGCCCCGAGGGCAGGGGCGGUGCGAACCCGACAUGGUGCGACCAAUUCGACCAACGUGACCAACGUGACCAAUUCGACCAAGCCCCUGUGAAAGGAUGGGUAGAGGAUGGUGGAUACUGUCAACAUUUGAAGAUCUGGCCACCUGAAAAGGUUCCGCUGCAGCUGAGCUUCAGCGCGCUGCUGUCCUCGAGCGGCGGCGGCGCGCCAAAUGGGGAGGAAGUGAAGGUCACGGCGGAUGAGGCCAAGUUGAGGAUCAUGAUUGAGGACAUGACAUCCGACGACAUGUUGGGUUCGGCCUUCAACUCGCAGCCCACAGACCGUACCCUGGUGGAUGUGGCCAAGAAUGUCAGGCACGAGCAAGAGCGCUUCUUUGAUGAGAGGGUUUGCUUCACUUUCGACCUCUACCCUCCCGAGAGCAUGAUGCCAAGCCGCCACCGCUUCACGCACCUCCAGCGUUUGCGCGCCCAGCUGGGCCGCCGUGGUGUCAGCCUGUUGCGCCUGGCACGGGAGGACGAGGAGGACGAGGGCAACGAAACGCUGGAGAUGUCGAAGGAAGAGAUGCAGCACAUGCUGUUUCUGGGUGCCAUGAGCGACAUCUACAAAGUCCCAUUGCAGAUCUACGACAUGGCGACACUUGCUGAAGGCGUGAAGAACAUCACCGGUCUGACGUGCAGACCAUGGAGGGUGAACGAGUCGCGCAGCAUGCCAUUGGGUCCCAUGGUGCAGGCCCUGGCAGAGACUUUGGGCAUGGACUCGGAGCUGUCCUCGUGGUGGAUGCAAGCUCUGGAGGAUGAGGCUGAGGGUAAGGCCCUGACUGAGCUGAAGUCGCUGGUGCAGCAGCGUCCGAGAGGUAUUGUGACCAUGACAUCGGCCUUCGAGUUCUGUGUGGCGGACAAAGGGGAGUUGUUGUCGACAGAAUCCUUGUAUCGACUGACCUACCAACGGCUGCCGGAGGAUGACGACAAUGAGACCAGGACCCCGGACGGCCCGGACAUGUCUGAUGAGGUGGCGCCUGGGGAAGAAGUCACCAUCUUCGAAAAGACGCGCAGCACCCAAGUGCUCCAGAGGGCGAACGCAACUCUCCUGGACGCCACUGAAGGCGUGGCCGGCGGAGAAUGCGCAGAUCUCACGCAGGGAAGCACUGGUGAAGAGGAAUUGGACGAAGAGUUGAACGCUGAGAAGCGACUGCAGCGCAUCAACCGUGAAGCAGCUGGCCGCUGGGACGCGGGCGCCUAUGACUUCUGGAACGGCUUGAAGGUGCGCGAGGUGCUUUCCUCGCUGGGCACAGAGAUGGGUCCCUUGAAGCUGCCACUCAAAGGAGCCGCCAGGCCCAGCUUCCUACGCCACGAGACGGAAGCGAACGAGGCGUCGCCAGACGUCCCUGCCAUCUUCGAUGCGCGGAAGCAAUGGCCCAAGUGCAACUCCAUCGGUCUCAUCCGCAACCAGGGUCGCUGCGGCUCUUGCUGGGCGGUGGCUGCCGCCACAGUGAUGACGGACCGCUUCUGCGUGGCCGCGCAGCAGGCAGCGGGUCAGCUGAAGCUGCUACAGGGCGCCUCCAAUGCGAGCAGCUUGGAGGACAUGCAGGGCCUCUCACUGGCCCCGGAGCUGCUGGUGCAGUGCGACGAGAAGAACAACGGCUGCGGCGGGGGGCGCCUGGAUGACGCGUGGGGCUUCCUGAAGCGCCACGGCAUCCCCAAGGAGUCUUGUGCGCCUUACAUGCAUUGCCCAGUGCCUACGCAGCGCAGCUGCUCCUAUGGCUGGGAGAAGAGGCCAUUUGUUCCCUACGGCCGAAGCUCCGAAGCGAAGCAACGCUCGAUCUGUGGCGGCAAGUGUAGCGACGGCUCCCAGAUGACCUUCUUCCGAGUCUCGGAGGCCUACGCCGUGGCGAAGCCCCGCGACGUGCACACGCUGCAGCGCGAGCUGCUGCUGGCCGGGCCUGUGGAGGUGGCCUUCUACGUCUUCUCGGACUUUAUGAACUACAGGAGCGGCGUUUACUUCCGAACUCCGGGUGCUUAUGGACCACUGGGAGGACAUGCUGUUCGCCUGCUGGGUUGGGGCAUUGACGAGGAGCUGGGCAAGAAAGCCGUGGACUACUGGCUGAUUGCGAACUCCUAUUCUCCUCACUGGGGGAUGCACGGCUUGUUCAAGAUCCGUCGCGGCACCAACGAAUGCGGCAUCGAAUCCACUCCGGCCGCGGGGACGCCGGACCUGGAUCUGCCCAAGGUUCGGACUGUGUACCACAAGUACCAUCAUCCCAAGGAGUGUUUGAUCACUCACGGCACGCUCUGUCGAGAUUUGGUUCGCGCAGCCAAUGGCGAGAGGAAGAAGCAGGAAAAGGAAAACACCGAUAAGCUGGCUCUGAACAUCACCAAGGAAGAUGCAGAGACCGUGACCGUCGCCAAGGACGACGGCGGGUUGGAGUUCGUCUUCCCUUAUGGCGCCACUCUCAAUGCGCAGAAACCAGCGGUGCCCAUCUUGUCCUCAGGGCCCAUCUCUUAUCCAUUGAAUCGUCCCGUGGCCGCAGUGCACAGCAAGGCCGGGAUGGGAAGGAUUUGUGUCAUCGGUUCCGUGCAGAUGUUCGGGGAUGAUUUCCUGGACUGCGAGAAGAAUCGACAGGUCAUCGACACCUUGGUGAGGUGGCUCAUGAAAAUGGGUGACUGUGAGCUUAGUUACGGCUAUGGCGAGGAGCCGGAGCUCAGCGAGUAUCACCAUAUCCCUCACACGCAGGGCUUAGCCAUGAAUUUGAGAAGUUGUUUGCAGGAGAAUGAGCCGUUGCCCAGAGACUUCACACAGCUGUUUGACGAUAGCCUCUUUAAGUUCGAUACCGAUCUGAUUCCAGAGGCGGUCAAACUUUACCAUCAGCUGGGUGUGAAGCAUGAGCCGCUGACGCUCAUCCCUCCGCAGUUCGAGACGCCCAUGCCGGCCCUUCAGCCAGCGGUGUUUCCUCCAUGUCUUCGCGAACCGUUGGCGCCCAAUCUGGACCUCUUCGAUUUGGACGAACAGUUCGCGUCGGAGCGGGUGCGAUUAGCGCAGCUGACCAACAAGUGCACGGAUGGUGACCUGGACUUCUACAUUCGCCAGGCGGGCGACAUCCUCGGUGUGUCCCAGAAGUUGGGCGAAAAGCGGUCCUCCAAGCGAAUUCUGGAGCUGGGGACCUCAGAGGAUUUGGUUCAAGGCGCCAAAUUUGAGAGGAAUCGUGGGACCAAAGAUGACCUGCUACAGAUACUCUUGAAGAAGCAGAUGAUGGAGACGGUGGCAGAGAGGAGUUUUCAACGCUUGCUCCUUGAGCCUCCUGCGGACGAGACCAGCGCCUCCACCUGCUCCACUUCCCGCGCCGACCCGGCCGCGCCGGUGGGUUCAACGGUCGCGCCCGGCACGGCGCCGACGCCUGGGGCACCAGCGGUGCCGGCGCACGGCGCGGGGAUGCAGGAAGUGCCCUUCAAGAUGCUGUGGCUGGGCGGAGACACGGAACCGUUGGGGCUGGAAAUUGACCAGCGAGACGCCGUGGAGCUGUGCUACGCGGAGCGCCUGCGGCCGACGCCCGCGGUGGUGGCCUUCUUCAUGCAGAAGCUGGCGCCCCAGGAGAGCGGCCUGGCGCAGGUGCUGAGCAGCACCUGGAAGGAGCACGUGAGUCGCAUCUGCCGAAACUCUGAAUACUUUGUGGUUGAGAAGGGGCACCAUGGCCAUGAAGAGAUCUUCUUCAGUGAAGAGCCCGAGUGGUUCACUGGCUGGUGGUCCCCGUAUCCUGCAGAUGUCUUCGCCCUGGAGCGCACCUAUGCGCUGCGCAAAGCCUAUGAUGGCAAGCCCUACCGCAGCCUUGGUGAGCUGAUCCAAUGCAGCCGCGCCGCCCUGGCGCAGCCGCUGCGCCAGGUUCGGCGGCCACCAACACCACCACCACCGCCCCCGCGGGAGGCACCUCAGCCUGCGCCGAAGCAGCCGAAGCAGCCGAAGCAGCGUGCACAGCCGCGGUCGUGGCGCCGUGACCAGGCAUGGAAGGAGUGGCGGCAGUUUCCUGCGGGUGCCGAGCCGGACGGAGCGCCGGCCACAUGUAAAAAGAAGCAGAACUUCAUCAAACUGCAGUACCAGUGA